CUCAGGGUGCCGCGAGGAAGGUGCAGUGAAGAGACGAUGCGACCUAAAAUAGUUUCAAUAAGAAGCAUGCAAGGAAUUACUUUACCCUGAAACAUAUUUUUUAUACGAUUGGGUUGAAGGCUUGUUGUGUCAGAAGCUCCUCUCAGCCUGAUCUCUGUCAAGGACCCAGAAACAUAUAGUGCAGAUGCGUGUGAAAGAGAUUAUUUAACUUAAUCACUUAAAAAAUAUCGCAAUGAAGAGUUACAUCACAUAUUAACGGCUUCUGUGACUCAGAAGUAGACACUCUAAGACGAACGAUUUUUUCCGUUGUUAAGUACAUAUACCUAUCGAUUCUUGAUAUUGAUAAAGAAUUUCUUCGCAGCUCGGUAAUCGGUUUACAGAAAUUGCUCACGGAAUCUCUCUGUAGCAAAAAAAAAAAAAAAACGAGGUAACGCAAAUGAACCUAGCGACAUAUAGUUUAUCUUGAACGUCUAACCUUUUCUCAGAAGAAUAUUCUAAUAAGAACAAUUUCGGCCGGUACAAACCACGUGCCCCAACAUCAACAUGUUCGUCGAGAUCGUACUUUUUCUCGCGCUCCUGGCUCUGCUGUCAAAGUUUCUUAAGAAGCCAGCGCGGAUGCCCCCAGGAUCGUUUGGGUGGCCGAUUCUGGGUGAGUUGCCGCCGCGUUCAAUUUCCAUCACCGAACACUUUUCGAAUCUCAGGAAGAAACACGGACCCGUUUUCACAACGAAGUGGGGUUCUCACCGCAUCGUGGUCGUCACCGACUACAACCUCAUCAAGAAGGCGUUCAACCAUCCCGACAUCCAGCGACGUCCGGCAUUCUUCACUUUUGAUUUAUUCACUUUCUUCAAAAAUGCUGGCGUAAUCAACAGCCAUGGUCCUGUAUGGACCGAGAACCGGCGAUUCAUGUUGCGCCACUUGCGUGAUCUCGGUAUGGGCAAAACAGCGCUCGAGGGCUCCAUUCAACAAGAGGCCGAGAUGCUGGUGGAUCACUUGGAUAAAACCUGCGUCGGCAAGCCUGCCGUCAUGGAUGUCUGCUUCAACUGCGCUGUGGUCAACGUCAUCUGGCAAAUGCUAGCAAGCAAGCGCUACGGGUUGAAUGAUGAGGUGAUGGUGCGGCACUGUACCAGGUUUGAAGAAGAAAUGGCCGUCGUAGAGGGUCCGCUUUUCCUUGUCGACGUGUUCCCUUGGCUGGCAAAAGUACUGCCCUCGGUCAUAUUGAAUAAAGUUUUGCAAGCUGAGAUCCUCUACAGGAAUCGAGAUGAAAUCUACUUGAUGUUCAAACAAGUUAUUGAUGAUCACAUGGCGACCCUUGACCCCAACAACCCUCGUGACGUCAUCGACCAGCUGCUGCUGGAGCGUGCCCACAGAGACGUCCCUGAAUACCUCACUGCUGAAGAUGAAUUGGAUUUCAAAUGCAUUAUGGGGGACAUGUUUUUCGCCGGUUCAGAGACUACCACAACAACUCUUCGAUGGAUGAUACUGUACAUGGCCAUCAACCCUGAGAUUCAAGCUAAAAUUCACAAAUGUUUGGACCAAGUUGUACCUAAAGAUCGUCUGCCAUCACUCAACGACAGAAAUCAACUGCAGUACGUUGACGCCGUGCUGUUGGAGGUCAUGAGAGUGAGUUCACUCGCACCCAUCAGUUUACUACACGCAACUACCGAGGGCGUUACUUUUGAAGGUUAUGACAUACCCAAGGGCACGGUGGUUCUCGCUUGUGCCGAAAUGUGCCAUCGUGAUCCGGCUUAUUGGAAGCAUCCUGACAAGUUCUAUCCGGAACACUUCCUCGACGACGAAGGGAAACUGGACGGGAAAAAAGAAGGAUUUCUGCCUUUCUCAAUCGGACGGCGCCAGUGUCUCGGGGAGUCUCUGGCUCGCAUGGAGCUCUACCUCUUCUCGACGGCCAUCUUGCAGCGCUUCACCAUAGAGCCGCCGGAGGGCGUCACGCUCUCGACGGAAACAGAUCCGUCUCAAAUUGUAACUAACGUACCACUGCCUUAUAAAGUCAUCUUGAAAAGAAGAAUUUAGCGUCGAGUUUUGGUCUGACGCUGUCGACUUGACCGAAGUAACCGACACGGUCAGUUCGCGAGUUGCUGGACUGGCUAUGAGGCAUUACUCCGUCAUAUUGGUUCGAUGCAACUACAUGUAGGUUUUCUUUUGCAAAUCAAGUAGCUCACCAUGUUUAAUUCAUUUGUGUAAAUAUUCUAAAAAGCAGAAUGGCCCAGUGGUUACGGUUCACAGUACCAUGAUUUGAAGGUUGAUUUGCGGGUUCGAAACCCCAGCAAGCAAGCUGCAACAGAUCUUUGAUUUCUAGAAUCGGUGACAGGCUAGGUUUAGCCCAGUGUUUCCCAAACUUUUGUUUGCAGGCUGGGCCCUCAUGGCUCCCCAGUGAAUUCCAAGCACCCUGUCACAGACAUAUAAUAUUCACAUAGCGAAAGAAAACACAAUAAGCCAGUUUUUAAUAUUUUAAAAAAUUUACACUAGAAACCCAGGAGAGGUUA